AUGCGGUUCGCUCUCCUCGCCGGUCUAGCCUCCCUGGCCUCCUCUGUUUCCGCAACUGCCUUGACUUACCGGCUUGAGGCGAACGAGAAGGCAUGCUUCUACACCAAUAUUGAACAGGCCAAUGCCAAGGUGGCAUUCUACUUUGCGGUUCAAUCUGGCGGCUCCUUCGAUGUCGACUACUCCGUGACUGCGCCGGGCGGCAAGAUCGUCCUGGAUGGAACAAAGGAGCGACAGGGCGACCACGUCUUCACUGCGCAGAGCCACGGCGAAUACUCCUUCUGCUUCAACAACGAGAUGUCCACUUUCGCCGAGAAGAUGGUCGACUUUGAAAUCGCCGGCGCUACCCCCGAACAAACCUCCAACCUGGAGGAGUCGAUUUACAAGCUUUCCGCACAGGUGUCCACCAUCUCCCGAAACCAGAAGUACUUCCGCACGCGCGAGAACCGCAACUUCAGCACCGUCCGCAGUACCGAGCGCCGGAUCUUCAACUUUAGUGUCAUCGAGGGUCUGAUGAUGGUAUCCAUGGCCGCGCUGCAGGUCUUUGUUGUGCGCUUCUUUUUCCAGGGCGCCAGGAAGGUUAUUGGACGGACUCGCUAA